UAACGCUAACCGGACGGUCGGACGGUUCUCCUGCUGCAGAGACGGAUCUGACGGUCAGACAGGAUGCCUUUCUCCGAGCUGUAUUUUAAUGUCGAUAAUGGCUACCUGGAGGGGCUGGUCAGAGGCUUUAAAGCCGGAAUACUGUCCCAGGCGGAUUAUUUAAACCUCGUUCAAUGCGAGACCCUGGAAGAUCUGAAGCUCCACCUGCAGAGCACAGACUAUGGCAGCUUCCUGGCCAACGAGGCAUCUCCUCUCACCGUGUCGGUUAUUGAUGACAAGCUGAAGGAGAAGAUGGUGGUGGAGUUUCGCCACAUGAGGAACCAGUCGUACGAGCCGCUGGCCAGCUUUAUGGACUUCAUCACGUACAGCUACAUGAUCGAUAACGUCAUCCUGCUCAUCACGGGCACUCUGCACCAGCGGGCCAUCUCUGAGCUGGUGCCAAAGUGUCACCCACUGGGCAGCUUCGAGCAGAUGGAGGCGGUCAACAUCGCCCAGACCCCCGCUGAGCUGUACAACGCCAUCCUCGUGGACACACCCCUGGCUGCGUUCUUCCAGGACUGUAUAUCUGAACAGGACUUGGAUGAGAUGAACAUUGAAAUCAUUCGUAACACACUUUACAAGGCUUAUCUGGAGGCUUUCUAUAAGUUCUGCUCCAACCUUGGAGGAACCACUGCUGACACCAUGUGUCCUAUUCUGGAGUUCGAGGCCGACAGGAGAGCCUUCAUCAUCACCAUCAACUCAUUCGGCACUGAGCUGUCCAAGGAGGACCGUGCCAAGCUCUUCCCCCACUGCGGCAAGCUUUACCCAGAAGGCCUUGCUCAGCUGGCCCGGGCAGAUGACUACGAGCAGGUCAAGGCCGUCGCUGAUUUCUAUCCUGAGUACAAGCUGCUGUUCGAAGGCGCCGGCAGCAAUCCAGGAGACAAAACGCUGGAGGAUCGUUUCUUUGAGCACGAGGUGAAGUUGAACAAGCUGGCCUUCCUCAACCAGUUCCACUUUAGUGUUUUCUACGCCUACGUGAAGCUGAAGGAGCAGGAGUGCAGGAACAUUGUCUGGAUCGCAGAGUGCAUCGCCCAGCGGCAUCGCGCCAAGAUUGACAACUACAUUCCCAUCUUUUAAGCCUACUCGUCCUCAAUCUCACCUUCCUCUCCUUCUUCCCAUCUUCAUUUCACUCAGUCCUAUGUCUUGAACAGUGUCACAGCUCGGUGUUAAAGAAUCUGAUGGUUUGAUGCUAAAUUUUCUCCGUUCUUCACUCGUGGGUGUGAAUUGGUUCUCGGCACCAGAGUUUCUUGUUAGAAUGUGAGUUCCAGUCAGGCUCAUUAUUGCUUACAACAUAAGACAUAUAAUCACUCUGAAUACCAAGCUUUUUAAACAGGAGGAGACUCACAGGAGCCUGGUCCAGCAGAGGUGGUUGGUGUUUGUUUUGACAACCUUGCAAUGUAAAGGAGGGAACUCAUUUGACUUUCAAAACCUCACCUCUGACUGUCUCAACUUUGACUUUCAGCGUGUUGUUUUCGGUGGCACUCCUUGUCCGCCUGACGUGUCACCGAGUAAAAUUCAUCAGAAGAAGAGUUUGCAUUUUACUCCAGACGGUAAAGCCGCUUUCCCCAGAACUCCCAGCACAGUAAACACCAACCACCUUUCUAAGGUUCUGUUGAUCUGGUCAUCUGAUCAUAUUGAUAUUCAGGCACGUGAAAUAGCAGAAGGUGUAACAUACUGUAUGUUCUGGAUUAAUCACCAAAGUCAGGAGAAAACUUGACUGACCUUCAGCCUGUCCAGCUCAAAGCAGAGAUGAAAACAUUCCUCGCAUCAGUCCUCGCCAGGUUCCCUAUAACCGGUAUUUAUUUCUGUUUUAGUGCUAGGUUUUGUCAGCAUGUCUGGUCAUUACUGUGGUUUUCCCCAAAAACUAACGUGAAACGUGUGAGUCCCACCUGAUUUGCUGUCUUAACUAGAUUGUGGUUAGAUAUUAAAAAUACAACGGGCGAACAGGAGCUUCCAGUCGUCACCAUCCCUGUUCCUGUGGGAACUUUCUGUAAAUGAACGUUCUGGAAUGAGGCAAAAUCUUGUGAGUAUAUGACAGAUAUAAUGUUUAAACUUUAAAAAGAUAUAAAUAGAUAUUUAAAGAUGACUAUAUGAUUUUGUUUUCUCAUGCUGUAAAAAUUGAUUUAUUGCUGUUUUGAUCUGUUUCUUACUUGUGAAAUGUGUACUGUAAAUGUGGUAAAAAAAAAAAAAAUAAACAGACUAAACUGCACUAAUGCAGGUCUGCAGAAA